AUGCCUAUCGGAUACGCCACCGACUCCGACCAUGAGUCAGAUCAACUGGAGGGCGAAGGAAGCGAAGCGGAUGUCGAUCAGAACAUCAUUCCUGGAGCCCUCCCAAGCGCUAACUGUCGUGUAUACUCUACUAUGGAAUUGUACAACAGAAUGAAUAACGAGGGCAUAGACGUCACACCCCCCUACCAGCGUGAUGUCGUAUGGACCAAGCCUGCCCAAUCGGCGCUUAUCGAUUCGAUAUUAAAAAAUAAGUGGGUCCCAACUUUGCUCUUCAACGAACGACCAGCUACUCUCGAUCGUUCCGGGAGAAAACGCAAAGCCCGAUGGGUUUGCAUGGACGGCAAGCAACGCCUCACGAGUAUCAAACUGUUCCUCGAUGGGGUAAUCCCUUGGUACAUCAAGCCGAAGCAGCCGCUGUUUUUCAAGCAAUCCGAUCCGCCGCAGCCGUCAAGAAAGCUCCUUACGGAGGAGCAGCAAGAGAUAUUCCUUGCUCGUGGGCUGACUGCUGCGAUGUACAACCAGCUAACCGAGCUUCAAGAGCGGGAUAUAUUCAGACUCGUCCAGGAGGGCAAACCUCUGACUGCGGGAGAGAAAAUGCACGCCUCUUCCGGCCCUUGGGGAUGCUACGUCGGCGAGUUGACCGAGCAAUAUAUGGUGAGAAACGACGAAAAUCCCAACGGUUGGUGCGGAAGGAUAGCCAACCUGAAGCGGGGCACUGAUUUCAAAACCAUGGCGGAGAUCGUCUUUACAAUACGGGACAGAACUUACAAUUCGCCCGAUCCCCCGCGACAUUUUGGAACCGUCAAAAUUCAGAAGGAACUCGAUUCCCUUUCCACAUCCCCGGUCCCCGCGGAUCUCAAAAAAGAAGCCAAGGAAAUUCUUGACUACUUCAUGGACCUCUCGACGCUUGCGCCUCCCAUGACACCGUACACGGUCGCAUUAGCAACCCCCGACGCAUUAUUUCACCCCAUCCAAAGGGGCAAGAGAACAAUGAUCGCUCCCGUCGAGAUGGUAUGGAUCCCGUAUUUAAUCUCGGUACACGCCAAAAACCUAACGAAGGGCAAGGUGCUGGAGAUGGUGGAAUUAUACAAAAUUGACGUCCGAAAAAAUUAUCCCAAUGAAGUGAAAAGUAACACCACCAUCACGACCUGGUCCGCGAACUGGAUCCACAACUUCGACUUGACCAGGCUGAAAGGCAAAUACCAGGGGUGGUUCGUACCUCACCCAACCCCCCAGCCGGCGCUUCCAGAGGACCCCAAACCUGAAGGCUCGGGUUUGCGCGACAUGGCCAGGCGUAACCUGUCCGUUCAAACCGCUGCCAAAAGGGACGCGCCUACCCCUGACCCAACCCUUGCCUCGAGUCCCAGUACGUCGACAGCGUCACUACCUAAAAGACCGCGUCGCUCUGCGCCUGUGCCUUCAAGCCAAGGUGCUUCCAAGUCACCCACCACACCGUUUCAGCCCCAGCGCACUUCGAUGGCAAACGAAAAUCCAUCCUCGACCCGACCUGUGGCUCAAACCCGAUCUAGCACGAACGGACUCCCUCCCCUCGACAACCUUGCGAUUCGAGCGCUGGCUCAACGAGCCCAAGCGUCAAUAAAUAUGGCACCUCAUAGCGCAAACCCGCUGAGUAACGGCCAGCAAGCAGCCACCAACUCUUUCCCAAGGCAGCCCGGCGCUUAUCAUGCGCACGACCCCGCAUCUCUUCGACAUGCCACCCUAGCCCAGAACGCUCCACGCCUCGUUCCAAACUAUGCUACCUCGGCCCGUUCCUUCAUGCUACCAAACAAACCUGCGGCCGCUAAUGGGCAACAAGCUCCCCAGCCGCAAACUAAUGGAAACGCGGCAAACCAUCCGAACCCUCAUUGGCGUUGA